AUGAUUCCUCGUUUUCAGAAUGUCGCAGAUAGCACAUUUAGCGAUAAUUGGGACCGUCUAGCCCAAGCUAUUCGAGAAAUCCACAGAAAAAAUGCGUCGAUCCUAAGUUUCGAAGAGCUUUACCGCAAUGCCUAUAACAUGGUCCUCCAUAAAAAUGGUGAUAAGCUGUAUAACGGUGUGAGGGAGGUUAUCACUCAACACUUAGAAGAAGUGGCUAAAGAACAAGUUGUUCCGGCUUUCCCCAUGUCAGGUGCUAGUAGCUCGCAAGCAAAUUCUGCUAACGGCACUGGUGGUGCAAAUUUCUUAAAAGUGUUGAAAAGUGUUUGGGAAGAUCACACAACGUUUCGAUCCACAAUAUAUCCUAUCCAAACUCAUCUUUUGGACGUUCUUUUGAAUCAAAUCCUUCUUGAACGUGAAAACGAGAUCAUCGAUCGUUCUAAUAUUAAAGCAUCGAUGGAUAUGUUACUCGAAUUAACUGAUACAAGUACGAAAGAUACAGUUUAUGCAACUGAUUUUGAAGGACGGUUUUUGGAGACGAGUUCUGAAUAUUAUCGAGUUGAAGGUCAAAUGCUUGUAGGAGAAUGUGAUGCACCGGAAUAUAUGAAAAAAGUUGAAAAACGUCUUAAUGAAGAAGAACAACGCGUGCGUCAUUACCUUUCACCGACCACAGAACCGAAAAUUAGAAAUAUUGUGGAAGAAGAACUUAUUUCUAAACAUCUUAAAACUGUUAUUGAGAUGGAAAACUCUGGUUUAAUUCCUAUGCUAAGAAAUGAAAAAAUGGAUGGUCACGAAGAGAUGAAAACUGCUAUCAGCAAUUAUAUACGUGAACUCGGUAAAGCGAUAAAUGAAACUGUUUCUAGCAGCGCUACGACGGCAACGGCUGCCGAAAAUAAUGCCACUGGUGGUGACCGACAAACUGGAACUUCUGUGGCAAUACGAUGGGUUCAGGAAGUUCUUGAUCUUAAAGAUAAAUUUGAUAAAGUCCAGAAUUUGGCUCUGUCUAAUGACAAGGCAUUUCAAACUGCAUUUAACGAGGCAUUUGAAUUCUUUAUAAAUAAAAAUUUGAAGUCGCCUGAAUUCAUCUCAUUAUUUAUUGACGAAAAUCUUAAGAAAGGCUUGAAAGGAAAAACUGAAGAAGAAGUAGAUAGUGUAUUGGAUAAGACUAUUACGUUAUUCCGUUUCAUUGGUGAAAAAGAUGUUUUUGAACGGUAUUAUAAGCAACAUUUGGCCAAACGACUAUUACUAGGACGUAGUGUAAGCGAUGACGCAGAAAGAAGCAUGAUUGGUAAACUUAAGAUUGAGUGUGGAUAUCAAUUUACGACGAAACUUGAAGGAAUGUUCAAUGAUAUGAGGAUCUCAACCGAUACCAUGACAGAUUUUAAGGACUUUUUAGAAAAAUCGGCAUUGGAGAGGCCUAAGCUGGAUUUAAGCGUUACCGUUCUUACGUCUACAUUCUGGCCAAUGAAUUUAUCCGCAAGUCCGCGGUGUAAUUUCCCUGCAGAAAUAAACAAAGCGUGUGAUACCUUUCAAAGGUUUUAUCUUGCACGACAUAGUGGUCGGAGGUUAACAUGGCAAUCCAAUAUGGGAAGCGCAGAUAUCCGUGCUACUUUUAAUACUCGGAAACAUGAUAUUAAUGUAUCAACGUAUCAAAUGGUUAUACUUUUAAUGUUCAACGAUUUGCCCCCUGACCAAAGCCUAUCAUAUGAGACAAUAAAAGGCGAAAGCGAUAUUCCAGAGGCUGAUCUCAAACGUAAUCUUCAAUCAUUAGCGUGUGCUAAAUAUAAAAUCCUUGUAAAGGAACCUAAAGGAAAAGAAAUCGAAGCUGGAGACAAAUUCUAUUUCAAUGGUGACUUUACAAGUCCGCUGCAGCGCAUUAAAAUUCAAACAGUAGCCAGCAAAGUUGAAACAGAAGGCGAAAGGAAAGAUACGAGGGAAAAGGUUGAAGAAGCUAGGAAACAUCAAACAGAAGCAGCAAUUGUAAGAAUUAUGAAAGACCGAAAAACGAUGGAUCAUAAUCUUUUGAUUGCAGAGGUGACGAAACAAUUACAGCCACGAUUUGUACCUAAUCCGGCAAUGAUCAAAAAACGAAUCGAGGCAUUAAUUGAACGAGAGUACCUAGAACGAGCACCGGGCGACAGGCGCGUAUAUAAUUAUCUUGCAUGA